GCAGAGCCCGACUGCUUUCAGACGUCUGGUGGAGUAUCUCCGGCAGAUGUGGUCGAAUGGGAUCCUCAUCCAAGCGGUGGGAAUCCCAUUGAGACACCUCUUGGCUUUCUAUGGCCUUCGGCUCUGCCUCGGCGGACAGGUGCCUUGGCGCACAGGCCUUUUUGCUGUGGCUCUGUGGCCCAUUAGCGGCUUCGGCGUCACGGCCGGCGCACACCGACUGUGGACCCAUCAGUCCUAUGUGGCAUCCCCCACAAUGGAGGCGAUGCUGAUGCUCAUGUUUUCCAUGGCGGACCAGGGACCCAUCCAGGGCUGGGCCUUGAC